AUGAGCGAGCUUCAACGCUCUUUUGCACGUGCCCACCUCUCUCGUCUCCCUCCAGAACCUCCUCUUAUUGCUGACGGAGAGGAUGGCACGCCGGAGGACUCGCUCGAGAUCCGUCCCGUAUCGCCAAAUGACUCUUCCUCAUCCGCCUCCUCCGCCUCGUCCACCGGCACGAUAGUCCCAUCGCCUAGUCGGAAUCUGUUCGAGAAACCAAAAAGGCAUGGAGCUCCAUAUUCUGCCACCAACCGGUCUCGCUCAGGGCCGCUCCCCUGGGACGAUUUCUUCUCGCAGGAACUCUUCUUGGAGCAGAAGACACCCUCCGAGACCAUCCUUCAUCAUGUAUAUCUAACUCCGCCUUCGUCUUCCGGUCCGAUGAUCGUCACUCACCAUGGCGCCGGAUCUUCGGGAUUGUCAUUCGCUGCAUUCACCGCGGAGUUUCUGAAAUUGAUCCCCAAUGCUGGCGUCUUAUCGUUGGAUGCUAGAGGCCACGGACAGACCAGGACCGCAACCUCCACAGGCGCCCCUUUAUCUGUCCAAGACUUGAGCUUGACCACGUUGGCUGAAGACGUGGCUUUCGUGGUCAACGCGGUCAAGGCACAGAUGAAAUGGGCUGCCUUGCCUGAUAUCGUGCUCGUUGGUCACAGUCUUGGAGGCGCCGUUGUGACCGAGGUGGCUCAUGAACGGCUGUUGGGUAAUUCUCUUCUGGCAUACGGCGUAUUGGACGUCGUGGAAGGCUCUGCCAUGGAUGCUCUACGCAGUAUGGACACCUAUCUCUCGACAAGACCGAAGUCAUUCCCUUCACUUGCUUCCGGAAUUGAAUGGCAUCUCAAAUCUCGAACAAUACGAAACACUACCUCAGCAAGGGUUUCUGUCCCACCCCUUCUUAUAGAGUCCAAGACACACGAUACAUGGUCAUGGCGCACUGAUUUGGCCUCCACAAAACCAUUUUGGGAAGGCUGGUUCAUUGGCCUUUCGAAGAAGUUCCUUGAGUCUCGAGGAGGGAAGCUGCUACUUCUUGCCGGGACCGAUAGGCUCGACAAAGAGCUCAUGAUCGGGCAAAUGCAAGGCAAAUACCAGCUUCAGGUUUUCCCAGAGGCAGGCCAUUUCAUUCAAGAGGACCAACCUGCCAAGACGGCCCAGGUAGUUGCUGAUUUCUAUAAGCGAAAUGAUAGAAGCGGACUUGUUCUGCCACCAAAGGUGGAUGAUCUGAUCAAGCAAGGCAAAUUAAAACCAGCGGCUCACAAGUAG